UCCAGAGCGCAGUGCAGACUCAGCAUGCACGCUCCACAUGGCUACAAACUCAUGGUCACUUGCUGGACGCGUGGGUCUGAAGAAUGAAUGAACACGACUAAGAUUUCAAAAUCAUGUCAACCACCGAAAACUCCGCAAAUGAAACUCAAAAUCAGGCAGAGAAAAGUGCCUACCCGGCAAACAGUGGAAGUGGAACCACGAAUAUCUCGGACACUAUUGUGCAGGUGGGAGCGACAGUCAAAGCCCCGACACCUUCUGUCAGUUGCCCUGCAAUGCCCGCCUUCAUUUCGAAAGGUACAACGAAAGACCCCGACCCUGCCCAAACCCAGCCACAGAACGCAAAUAAUGGAUCCAGUGCCACCCAGCUUCCGUUGUCCGUGAUGCAUGUUGCACCUACUACCGCCACCGUGACUGUCGCACCUGUCCAGGCAAGCGCUCAACCUGUUACGUCAUCCACAACCAUAAAGUCAGUCGUGAGCAACCUGCCUCCAACGGUGUUCAUGAUAACCACGGGACCGAGACCCAUUUCUCCGGUGGUUGCGGGACCGAGAGUGAGCUCUCCAACGGUGACCAUGAGCGCACAGCCACCAGCGCGCAUGAGCUCUCCUUUGGGACCAGCGGUGACUCGAGUUGCCACCGCGACCCAGGCACCGGGGAAGGCUGCAGUGAUAGCCAUACCAAGACCAACAACUUUUCAGCAACCAGCUGCAUCGAUCAGACCCCCACAGACCACGUCUGUCCAGCUUCCAGCCAACUUUCAAAUCCCGCCAGGCAUGGUGCUCAUCCGUAGUGACAGUGGCCAACUGAUGCUGGUGUCCCAACAAGCUUUGGCUGCAGCCCAGGGCCUCGCAGCCAGAACUCCUGGAACUGGGACCUCCCCUAGCCCUAGGCCACCAACCACACAGGUGUCUGCAGCGACUGUCGUGAGAAAAGCUGAAAAUCCAGGUGUGAUCAGAGUGCCUCCUCCUAGCCCCCAUGUGACCACAGCACAGAGUACACCCUUGCUUAAGGUGGUAGGGGCUGCUCCGACCCCUCCUGCAGGCCAGAUCCCCAGGCCUAUGAUCCGCCCAGUGGCCCCUGUCACAGUCACCCGUUCUCCUGGCCCUGGUCCUCUCAUCAUCCCAACCAAACCCACCAACACCCCCAGGGCCACACCCCCCACCAUCACACCUGAGGUCCUGGAGAAUGUGAAGAAGUGUAAGAACUUCCUGGUGACGCUGAUCAAGCUGGCCUCUAGUGGAACCCACUCUGCUGACAUGGCCAAGAACGUCCGAGAACUUGUCAAGAGCCUGCUGGAUGGGAGACUUGAACCUGAGGAGUUCACUGACCAACUCUACCGUGAGCUCAAGUCUUCUCCCCAGCCCUACCUGGUACCCUUUCUCAAGAAAAGUCUCCCAGCUGUGCGGCAGCUCACCCCCAACCCACAGCUCUUCAUCCAGGAGGUUGACCAACCGAAGCCACAGGCUCCAGCCGCCUCCAAGGCCCCGGCAUCCAAAGCCCCGGCCCCCACUGCAGGCCGCACCCCUACCCUCCUCUCCACCAACUCUAGGCCUACCCACCUCAGCACUGCUAGUGGCCAGUCAAUCAAAUCCACCCAGCUAGUGAUCCAGCAGCCUAGAGGUGUGGUGUAUAAGCCUGCUGUGACAAACCCCGCCCCGGCCCGUACAUACCUGUCUGUUCAGAACAGGAGCCUGGCCAAACCUAUGGUCAUACAGUCAGGACAGCACUACAACACAGGUGCUGUUGUCAGGCGGACUCCUUUCUUGGUCCCGCUGCCUCCAGCCCAGAGACACCCCUUCAAGGACAGUGUUGGUUCUUUCAGGGAGGAGGAUGACAUCAACGAUGUGGCCUCCAUGGCUGGGGUCAACGUGAGCGAGGAGAAUGCGCAUAUCCUAGCAACCAACUCUGGGCUCAUGGGCUCUGUGGAACGAUCCUGUCAGGACAAACCCUUCCUGUCCCCAGCCCCGCUGCUCACACACAUCCUCUACACCAGUGAGAAGUUUGGAUUGUCCGAGGUGGGGUCAGAUGUGGUCAGUCUGGUGUCUCACGCCACACAGGAGCGUCUCAGAGACCUGUUGGAGAAAGUCACAGUGGUGGCACAGCAUCGCAAGAUGGUCCUCAAGGAGGACUACAGUCACGUUCAGACCAGUGACGUGCGUUCCCAGCUCCACUUCUUGGAAGAGCUGGAACGUCUGGAGAAGCAGAGGAGAGACGGCGAGGAGAGGGAGACACUGCUCCGCGUCGCCAGGAGUCGCUGUAACACUGAUGAUCCAGACCAGCAACUACUGAAACAACGGGCCAAAGAGCUCCAGCAGUUGGAGCAGGCUCAGCUGCAGCACAGAGAAGCCAACCUCACUGCCCUGGCUGCCAUCGGACCUCGCAGGAAGAGACCACUGGACUCCAAUGGAAACCAGGUGGGGCCAGGUGGCAUUAUGUCAGUACUACAGAGGGCUGGGGUUCAGAGAAUGACUGGGGUCUCUCUGAGGGACCUACUCUUCUGUCUGGAACAGGACCCUCCUCUACGACACUCUUUCACUCUCUACAAGGGCCUGCUCAGAUAGUUUGUGUGUGUGAGAUACUAUCACUCUCCCCCACCAUUUGUGCCAGAUUCUAUGCCUUACCACUCUUUCAGAUGUUGUAUAUUAUUUUUAUUUUGUUGAUAUUUUUGUUAUGUAUUUUAUUUUCUAACAAUUUGUAGCACAGUCAGUAAUGUAACUGAAUUCUGCUGAUUUAUGCUGAGAAAAGAUUGUAGUCAGGUUGGCAGGACCAAACAUUUUUAUAUUGCACUUUUUGAGAAGGGCAACUCUGUGAGAGAAGAGGUCAGAACAGUAGAAGUCAGCUCUGUGUUACAGCCUAAAGCAGUGACCCUCUGCCCUUAGUGUGAUUCAGAGUGUUCUGUGGUGAGGUCAUUGACUAUUCCUUGUUUUUUCAGUUUCAUGCUACUAAUAUCACAGACAGACAGCCAUUCCUUACUGAUGUUUACAUGGUUGACCUGAUGAUUGUAAACCUGUGACAAUUUAAAAUAAGUUAAUAGCAAACCCUAGUUGAGUGUCGUACGGUGUACUUUUACAGUCUAACAGGGAUUCUUUGUUUAUUUCCACAUUACUCACACGUUUUCAUGAAAAUGUUAUGCUUCAUAAUUGAUACCUUUUUUAGGUUGUCACUUGGAGGGAAAAACAGUGAUCCUUCAGAGAGUGUGUGGAAAUGUGUGUCAGAGUUGUGGAUGUGUUUUUGAGAUUCAUUAUUCCUCUAUUUUUGAAUACAGAAGAUAGGAGCUUUAAGGCACAGAAGUACCUUUUGGCUAUGAAAUACAGAGGGCGGAAAGAAUGAAAUGGAUCAGAAUUCUUUCAGCUGAAAAGACUGCUCACCUCUAACUUAACACUAAGCUAGGCAAACUGACAGUGUGCCAGUUAAAGAAGGAUCUGAUAGUGGAAAUGAAUGCUGACCCUUAAUGUGGAGGUUAGCUACUUAGACUGUUUCAUAUAACUGUGCCAGUUAUAGCAAAUGGUUAGGGAGUAUUUUAAUUCAUGUGAUUUACUGAUUGAUUAGGUGAUUGCUGAAUUAUUGAUUAUCGUCGACAACGUUAACAAGCUCAUAUGUCCCACUGCUUCCUGUUCCUGUCUCAGAUCAAAGACAAGCCCCUCCCUCUGACAGCUUGUCAAAUCCAGGAAGACAAAGGCACUUUAGUGUACUUAAUAUUCAUGCUUUGCUUAUACAUAUUCAUUAACUACUUUCUGCUCAACUCUGAAGCAGGUGGAAUAUUUACCAUGCCACCUAAAAUGAAUGCAAACCUCCCCCUUAACUUUCCGGUUUCAAUUAUACGGUGAUGGUAGGUUUGUCAUCUGAUCUGUGAUUGCUAGAGAAAGACUAGCCUAACUAAAAUUAACAUUUUGUGAAUAUUCUCAUCAUUUACAGUUUCCUGAAUAACUAAUAGACACACACACAUGCAUACUUUUUUUGUAUGAAACAUGUUUUUUUGGUACAGUCAUUCAUUUAUGA